CUCUGAUUGGUCCUCAGGCUCUCAGCGCCACUUCAAAGCCACGAAGAAGCUACAACUACUAAAGCAGUCUGAGGGGAAACACAGACUGGUCACGUUCAGUCACCGCGAGCACACACACAGACACACACACGAAGAUAUCCCAGCACACACCAUGGCUGCUACACUGCUAGGGGAGGAGCCCCGCUUUGGCAGCGCACCGCUGGCCAUGCUGGCCGCCACCUGCAGCCGAAUCGGCGAGCCCAGCCCCUCAUGCUCUCCUGCUCUCUCUGAUGGAGCUCCGGGACAUGUGAAGGGCUUCCACCCGUGGAAAAGAGGCGCCCCAGGUACCAGCAGCCUGGGGGCCUGCUUCACCUCUCUGGGGGUUCCUGAUGGGACCUCCAGGAGUAGCGGGACCGGACUGACAGAGACAUCCAGCGCCUUUUCAGUCACCAGUACCACCUCUCCUUUUGGAAAUGACUUUUCAAUGUACCAGACCUCCGUGCCAUCCGACAACAGCGUGCCCGACCCUGCGCACGCACAGCGGUCUGUGUUUCUGACCAAAUUAGCCCCCUCGGUGGAGGGCAUAGGGAUAUAUCCGAGAAUGCACGCGCAUCCCUGGCCGGUGGGAGAUGUCAGUAACGGGGGUUGGUGGGACAUGGGAACCGGCUGGGUGGAAACACAAAGCCCGACCGGGUUACCGUCUCCUCUGAGCUGCUACAGCACUGACUACAGCUCCUCCUUCUGCCCCGGCGCCUCUCAGCACCUGCUCCCCGCCACACAGCACCUGUUCGACGGCUGCAAGCCACUUGUCCGGGCUCCCUACACAGAGUCCACAACGACAGGGGGGUCUGCUCUGACAGGGACCACUCUGCCCGCCUCCUCCCGCUCCUCCUCGAGGCGCUACUCCGGUAGAGCCACGUGCGAUUGUCCGAACUGCCAAGAGGCGGAGAGCCUCGGCCAAGGGGGCACGAGCCCGCGGCGGAGGGGCGUGCACAGCUGCCACAUCCCGGGUUGCGGUAAAGUUUACGGCAAGACCUCUCACCUGAAGGCUCACCUGCGCUGGCACACCGGAGAGAGGCCGUUUGUCUGCAAUUGGCUCUUCUGCGGGAAACGCUUCACGCGCUCAGACGAGCUCCAGCGACAUUUGCGCACGCACACCGGGGAGAAGCGCUUCGAGUGCCCGGUCUGCCACAAACGCUUCAUGCGCUCCGACCACCUGAGCAAGCACUCGAGGACGCACAGCGCGGAGGGCUCAGAGGACGGCGCGGAGCCGGGACUCGGUAAAGGUAGCAGCGACACGGACAAUAGUCUCUCCGGUAGCCCGAGCCAGUCUCCCGGGAUACACCUGCGUGAGACUGUCCAAACCACCGAGGGCCAGAGUGCGCUGGAAUAAUUUACAAACACAAGCAAAGCAACACGUGGGCAUUUGAUGACACAUUUGUGUUUUCUUGGACACUUAAAAAACUGAAAUGGCACUUUAUGAUGAACUUCAGCUGAACACUGUGUCCUUACCUCAUCUUAUUUGUAGCCUUCUUUAAAAAAUAAAUUUUACUCUACAGUUUAUGAGACUUGUUUUAUUGAAGACCUGUUAUUUAUUCUACAAAAAAACAAACAUUUUUGUCUGUUUAGAAUGAAACAAAUGGCCUGUUAUAUCAUUAUCUUUGUUAUUUCUUGACAUAUUCACGCUCAAUUUGGAUUUAAGGUUAUGCCAUAUAGUGUUGUAAUGUUCUUUUAAAAUAUGCGGGGGUGAAAGCCUAAAUUGUUAUGAUUUAUUUCUCCGUGUAAAUCAUGAUAAUAACUCAAUACAACAGAUAGACUUGCUAAGCAUAUGAUCUAGGCUACAUUUUUGUACAUUAAAAUGUAUGACUAAAGGGUAUGCAUAUGUUUUCUGAGAAUU